AUGUAAAAUGAUUCAAAUCUGUAAUCAAGUAAAGAAUAAGAAAAUAGAGAGAACUAAUAAUUAGCAGAAGAAUUAUAUUAAGCUUGUUUUGUAAAUAUAUAAUUAGAUUUGCUAAUUAGUUAAAGUUUAGAGAAAAUAAAAUUGAUGAAGCUUUAAAAUUGAUAAAUGAUGCUUUGAAGCUUAAUUCUUUUGAUUCUAAGGCUUUAAUAUUGAGAGGUUUCUUUUAAUCAUAAAUACUUAGGGGAAUUAUAUUUAAAAAAAAGAAUGUAUGAUCAGGCAGUUGAAGAUUUCAAUAAAGCUAUUGAAUUAGGAGCAUCAAAUGAAGAAACAUAUUAUCAUAGAGGUAAGAUGUAUUAAUUAAUUUAGCCACGGGAUUUUAUCGAAAAAAUAUGUUUAUGGAAGCGUUAAAAGAUUGUGAAAUAUGCAUUCAAAUUAAUCCUAAAUACUCUUUGGCUUACAUGAGAAUAGGUUAAGAAUAUUCACUAUAAUUAGGAUGUGUGAAGAAUGCAAUUGGAAAUAAAGAUGAAGCAUUAUAAUAUUAUAAUUAAGCGAUUGAAAUUGAUAAUAAAUGUAUUUUGGCAUAUUGUAACAGAGGUAUCAUAUCAUUUUAAUGAAUAGGAAAUUUAUAUAAAAACUAAGGAAAUAAAGAUUAGGCACUCAUAGAUUAUAAUAAGGCUAUUGAGUUGGAUAGAUAAUAUGCUUUUGCAUAUAUGAGCAGAGGUUCUCAGGUUAUUUAAUUAAAUAGGAAUUUUUUUAGAUAAAAUUGGUAAGUAAGAGGAGGCACUUCUAGAUUUUAACAAGGCUAUUGAAUUAGACCCUUAUGAUGCUUGUAUAUAUAAUUAUCGAGGUUUAUUACAUUAUUAAGUUAAAUAGGACUUCUAUUUACUAAAAUUGGAAGUACUAAAUAAGCACUUAUAGACCUUAACAAGGCAAUUGAAUUAGAUCCUAAUUGUUCUGAUUUUUAUUUCGAUAGAGGUAAUUAACAUAAUAUUUUUGAUAGGAAAUCUUUAUGAAGACAUAGAUAAUUAACAAUAGGCACUCGUAGACUAUGAUAAAGCGAUUGAAUUAAAUCCCAAUGAUUCUAAAGCAUAUAAUAAUAGAGGUGUUAAAAUUAGUAUAAAUGAAAUAGGCCUUUUAUAAUAUAACAUUGGAAACACAGACAUUGCACUUAUAAAUUAUAACAAAUCAAUUGAAUUAGAUUCUAAUGAUGCUUAUACUUAUAAUAACAGAGGUAAUAAAGUAUUAGAAUAUAUAGGAAUGCUCUAUUAAAAUAUUGGAAAAAAUAUGGAGGCUCUUGAAGAUUAUAACAAAGCAAUUGAAUUAGACCCUAAUAUUGCUUAAAUUUACAGUUCAAGAGGUAUUUAGGUUGUAGGUUAUUAUAGGAUUAUUGCAUUAAAGCUUAGGAAAUAAAGAUUUAGCCAUAAUAGAUUAUGAUAAAGCUAUUUAAUUGGAUCCUAAAGAUGCUAUAAAUUAUUUUAACAGAGGUAAUCAAGAUUUUGAACUAAAUAGGAUUGUAUUAUAGAAGUAUGAAGAAAUUUGAUUUAGCAUUAAAAGAUUUUACUAAAGCAAUUGAAUUGAACUCAAAUGAUGCUAAAGCUUAUAACAACAGAGGUAAUUUGAAUCAUAAUUUAAAUAAGGAACUUUGUAUAAAGAAUAUGGCUAAUAUGAGAAGGCCUUUUAAGAUUGUAUUUAAGCAAUUAAAUUAGAAUCAGACAAUCCCCUUAUAAUGGUGAAUUUAGCAGAUCAUUAUUAUUUUCGGUCAAAUUAUAAUCAAUCAAUGAAUUAUUAUACAUAAGCACUUGCAUAAUUAGACUAAAUCACUGAGUAGAAGAGGAAAAAAUGGAAUUUAUCAGAGGAGAAUAUAUAAUUCAUUAAAAAAAAAGUAACUUUGUUAAAAGAAAUAUAAGAUGAAAUAAAUUUUUUAAGAUAAGAUAUUUAAAAGUUACAAACUCAAUUUGAAUAAAAAAACCAAACUUUAAAUGAUGUGAAGGAUAAAUUCACCAUAUUAGAAAGAAAGCUAACAGUUUAAUUAAUGGAAUAGACAGAUUUAAAAUAGCCAUAAGAUAAACAAGAAGAGUUAGAUUCAUUAUAAUUGACUAAAGAAGAUUUGAAAUAGAUUAAAGAAUAAUUAGUACUAUUAUAAGAAAUUGUAAAUAAAUAAAAUGAAAGAAUAAGUAAUUUAGAAGAUGAUAAUAAAUAGUUAAAAGAAUAGGAUAGCUUUCAAAUAUAAGAAUCUAUGAAAUUUCUUUAAAAAGAAGAAAAUAAAACUCAAUUUAUUUAUUACAAAGCAUUAUUUUGGAAAUUAUAUUAUUACUUGUAGGCAAUGCAGCAAAUUUCUUCAGAAUUAUAUUAAAUGAAUAGAGAUGCUAUGAUUGAAAGCACUUCUGAAAAAGUACUAGAUAUAGUACAAAAGGUUUUUAAUGUUGGAUCAAAGGUUACAGGAUUUAUACCAGUAGGUGGUGAAGCAUUUAAUAUUAUAAAUGAUGCACUCGAUUAUGCAAUUGAAUCAAAAAAGGAAAAUAAAUUUAAGGUUAGGCUUAAUAAAUUAACUAAUAUCUUAAAAUGCUAUAAUAUAAUUAGCCCUUCAGAAUUAGAAAUUGAAGUAAAAAUUGCAGCAAUUUAACUNCAAUUGAAUUAGACCCUAAUAUUGCUUAAAUUUACAGUUCAAGAGGUAUUUAGGUUGUAGGUUAUUAUAGGAUUAUUGCAUUAAAGCUUAGGAAAUAAAGAUUUAGCCAUAAUAGAUUAUGAUAAAGCUAUUUAAUUGGAUCCUAAAGAUGCUAUAAAUUAUUUUAACAGAGGUAAUCAAGAUUUUGAACUAAAUAGGAUUGUAUUAUAGAAGUAUGAAGAAAUUUGAUUUAGCAUUAAAAGAUUUUACUAAAGCAAUUGAAUUGAACUCAAAUGAUGCUAAAGCUUAUAACAACAGAGGUAAUUUGAAUCAUAAUUUAAAUAAGGAACUUUGUAUAAAGAAUAUGGCUAAUAUGAGAAGGCCUUUUAAGAUUGUAUUUAAGCAAUUAAAUUAGAAUCAGACAAUCCCCUUAUAAUGGUGAAUUUAGCAGAUCAUUAUUAUUUUCGGUCAAAUUAUAAUCAAUCAAUGAAUUAUUAUACAUAAGCACUUGCAUAAUUAGACUAAAUCACUGAGUAGAAGAGGAAAAAAUGGAAUUUAUCAGAGGAGAAUAUAUAAUUCAUUAAAAAAAAAGUAACUUUGUUAAAAGAAAUAUAAGAUGAAAUAAAUUUUUUAAGAUAAGAUAUUUAAAAGUUACAAACUCAAUUUGAAUAAAAAAACCAAACUUUAAAUGAUGUGAAGGAUAAAUUCACCAUAUUAGAAAGAAAGCUAACAGUUUAAUUAAUGGAAUAGACAGAUUUAAAAUAGCCAUAAGAUAAACAAGAAGAGUUAGAUUCAUUAUAAUUGACUAAAGAAGAUUUGAAAUAGAUUAAAGAAUAAUUAGUACUAUUAUAAGAAAUUGUAAAUAAAUAAAAUGAAAGAAUAAGUAAUUUAGAAGAUGAUAAUAAAUAGUUAAAAGAAUAGGAUAGCUUUCAAAUAUAAGAAUCUAUGAAAUUUCUUUAAAAAGAAGAAAAUAAAACUCAAUUUAUUUAUUACAAAGCAUUAUUUUGGAAAUUAUAUUAUUACUUGUAGGCAAUGCAGCAAAUUUCUUCAGAAUUAUAUUAAAUGAAUAGAGAUGCUAUGAUUGAAAGCACUUCUGAAAAAGUACUAGAUAUAGUACAAAAGGUUUUUAAUGUUGGAUCAAAGGUUACAGGAUUUAUACCAGUAGGUGGUGAAGCAUUUAAUAUUAUAAAUGAUGCACUCGAUUAUGCAAUUGAAUCAAAAAAGGAAAAUAAAUUUAAGGUUAGGCUUAAUAAAUUAACUAAUAUCUUAAAAUGCUAUAAUAUAAUUAGCCCUUCAGAAUUAGAAAUUGAAGUAAAAAUUGCAGCAAUUUAACUUGCAAAGUAGUAAUAAUAAGAAACCUAUUAAUAAAAUAAUUAGUAGUUCAAUUAAUUUUUAGGUUAGUUAAACAAAAUAGAAAAUCAAUAGGAUGAAUAAAAUGAAUAUUGGAUAAAUGGGACUAAUGAUGCAUUAAUUAUUUUAAAGUAUUUAGACGAUUAAUCAUCAUCAAUUAUAGAAAAUUCUGAUAAAAAACUUAGAGAGAUAUUCGUUUAAGUUGUUGAGAUGAAUAAUAAAUAAUAAAAUUAAACUUAAUAACAACAAUAGGGAAAUAAAAUUUAAAAAGUUUAAAUUGUAUCAAAUCCUAGUUCAUUAUGUUCACGUAUAUGUUUAAUUUAAUGA